GUGGGCGGUGGGCGGCCGGCCCAGCCCCGCCGCCGCCGCCGCCGCCACCCGCCCGCCGCCCGACCGGCCCGCUAGCCUGGGGCGACAGAGGUCGGCUGGCCGGCCCAUCGGCUGGCGGCGGGCUGCUGAUCGGCCCGGAUCACAAUACCACCCGACUGGCUGCCGGUCUUAUCAGGGCAACUCAGGGACGGCGGACGCAUGGAGCAGAAGGGUCACGGAGAAGCGAUGGCGACCGAUUCGUGGGGCGGCGCCGGACAGCCGGAGAGCCUCUCGGAGAACAGCAAUGAGCCGCUCCAGCUGACCAUGAAGUCGGAGAAGCAGCUGCUGUCGAUGAUGACGUCAGAGAAGCAGCUGCCGCCGCCGGCCUGUAACGGCCUGACGGGCAGCUCGGCGGUCAGGGACGGCUCUCCGGUCACACGGGCAGAGACCAGCGUCACCGGACUGCCGGCCGCGCUGGCCGCUGCCGCCACAGCACAGUCGCAGAGGGGCGCCAGCACCGCGACCGUGCCGGCAGCGCUGGCAGCCAGCACCACAGUGGGAGCAGCGGCAGCUCUGCCGGUCAGGUUUGUCGUCGAGUUCAUCGACCUGCCGGCAGAUGUCAGGAGCAGCGGCCGGCGCCGGAUCGAGGACUAUGCCAUCAUCCCGUCGUCGACGAAAUUCAAUGACGUCACGGCGGCAGUGCUGCACAAGUGUGGCCUGGAGCACGUCAAUGUGUCGGAGAGCACCGCGUACCUGUCGCUGCGGAACUGGAAGCCGCUGACCCUGGAGCAGGUCUGCGCCGCCGAUGGGCACACGGUGGCCGACAUCCUCGGCGACGUCAUCAACACGGCCACGCUGCGCAUCUUCUGCCGCGAGACGCCGGCCGGACGGCAGGCGGCCGAUGUCAAGGAGCGGCUGCUGCGACUGCUGGUCACGCACGGCAGCGGCAUCCUCACCGCCUCCGGCUGUCCCCUGGACGAGAGCACGCUGGCACACCUGACGUCGGAGGCGCUGCCCAGCCUGUCGGCCGAGACGGUGCUGCGCUUCAACCAGUGGUACGAGGCGCAGAAGCUGAGCCGCAGUGGCAGCGGCCAGGCGCAGGAGCAGCGGGAGCAGCGGGCCGAGGUCAACUCCUCCUCCUGUCAGGCUUCUCACGACCACUUCCACCAGUGCAGCAAGCCUCGUGUGCGCACCAGCUUCGACAUGGAGUACGAGAUCCCCAAGCUGCAGAAGUGGUAUUCCAUCAACCCACACCCGAAUAAAAUGCAGAUGCAGUACUUUAUGGAAGAGCUCAACUUCUACCGAGGCGGCCGCAACCGGAAGCCACUCGAGAUCAACAACAUCAUUUACUGGUUCAAAAACUCGCGGGCGGCACAGAAGAAGUUUGAGCAGCGCGCGCAGAACGGUCCGGCCGCCAGUCCGGUGCUGGAGCCGAGCGAGGACGACUGCUCGCUCUCGGCCUCCGAGGAGCCGGACGGCGAGGACGCGCACAUGACCUCCGAGCCGGCGCUGGACGACGUGAAGCACGAGGACGGCUCGGACGGCGACGCCGAGACGGAUCGGCGCGACUCGACGGCGGCCGGCUCGCCGCAGUCGCUCGUCCACCCGGCCACCUCGCUCGUCUCGCCCUACAUGGGCCACAUGACGUCGGCGCACUUCGAGCGCAUUGGCUACGGCGUGGACCCGUCCGUGUUCCGUCAGUCCAUGUCCAUGUACAUGUCCGGCUGCCUGCCCGGCCUGCAGAACGUCGGCUACCCCGCCAUCGGCAUGGGCGCCGAGCACCAGCGCAAGCGCAACCGCACCUUCAUCGACCCGAUCAGCGAGGUGCCGCUGCUAGAGAACUGGUUCAGUCUCAACACGCACCCCUGCCACACCACCAUCCUGCAGUACACGGACGAGCUGAACCGGCAGCCGUACCGGCAAAAGUUCCCCAAACUCGAGCCCAAGAACGUCCAGUUUUGGUUCAAGAACCGGCGCGCCAAGAACAAGCGUCUGCGAUCGGCCAUGUCGCCCCUGCGGUCGGAGCUCAGUCAGGACUCGAUCGGCUCGCGACAGGAGCUCUCCAGGAGCUCGCUGGGAGCUUGCUAGGCUCACAGGGUCUGCGCCAGUUCCUUGGUCCCGUUCCGUUGGUUGGGGGGUCUGAUAGGGACUGCGAUCGCCGGCUUUGAUUCGCUAACGGGCAUUCAGAGGUCGGCUUUCCCGCCGCUCUUUGCGCUUACAAUCAAUGUCACCUCCCCGCCUGGGUUAGCCGUCGGAUCUCAGUUCACGCAGGCUAAGUCGACGCCGCGUGAAGCGCUGGCGUUUCCAGGAACGCGGCCACGAGUCGUAACCGAGCUUGUUCGUGCCCGGCCGACCGCGCCGUGCGGCAGGCUGGGUGACCGUCGCAGCCCUGUCGAGCUUGUAUCCAGAGCUGGGGACCGGAGGCCCUGCCCGGUCGGUCGCGCUCACUUGUACUUGAUCUCAGAGACAGACGGGCAGGCGUGCGGUGCACGCUGUUCGUUUUGUACCGCCGCGCCUCCGCAGUCAGUGACUGUCGCCGUUCGUAGUUGGUUAGACCGCCGCGCCGCGCUGUCGUGAAGUCAAUCGGCUGACGUGUGCUCGUUAUGUGACAAGUAGUCUAUUUAAUCGUUGAGCGAGUCAGCGGGCGCCGGUCGACCCCGUGGGUCGCCGCGCCCUCCACUGACUCCUCGGGUGAUUCCGGCGCGUGGGGCAGUCAUGGCGCGGCCUCGACGAUCGGUCCGCAGCUGCGGAGCGAGCCGGCGAGGCCAGCUGCCCCGUGUCGGUGUUUGUCUCUCGAUGUCUGAUCGUGCAAUCAUUGGAAUAUUAUCCCCGUAAUAAAUAUGUUAUAUGUUGAUCAACAA